UCUCCUUCCUUCUCGCUCACAGCAAACCCGCAUUUACGUACGCUGUGCCCUGCUCAAGCACGUUGCUUCGUGACCACCGCUGCAGAUUAAUUCCAGCAUCUUCGCUCCCCAUCUUUGGAUUUAACUUAAAAGUCUGCUGUUAUACCGGCGGGAUGACAAUGUUGAUCUACGUGUAACCAUUUCAAGCCUCCACUAAGUUCUUUCUUAGCAUGGAGUCAAGUACUUGUUUAGAGCUUGCGCUUGAGGGUGAACGCUUGUGCAAGGCAGGCGAUUUCCACUCGGGUGUCGAGUAUUUAAGCGCUGCGAUCAACGUAGGCACGGAUGAUACGAGAGUGCUUAGCGCCGUUUACAGUCAGCUGGGGAAUGCUUCAUUUUACCUCGGAGAUUAUAAUAAGGCUCUGCAGUACCAUCUUCUUGAUCUCAAUACAGCCAAGGCAGCCGGUGACUUAUUGGGGGAGGCAAAGGCGAGCGGAAACUUGGGCAACACACUCAAAAUGAUGGGCAAGUUCGAUGAAGCAGUCACAAAUUGUGAAAGGCACCUAAGCAUAUCCAGGGAAAAAGGCGACAAAAUAGGAGAAGCACGUGCCCUUUACAACUUGGGCAAUGUGUACCAUGCUAAAGGGAAGCACAUAGCCCGUGCCAGUCGGCAGGAGCCUGGCGAGCUGCCAUCUGAUGUUCAGGACUGCCUUCGGAGGGCCAUCCACUGCUAUGAGGAGAACCUCAAGUUAAUGGUGGCUCUUGGUGACCGAUCAGCUCAAGGACGAGCGUACGGCAACUUGGGAAAUACAUACUACCUGCUUGGCAACUUCAAGAAAGCCAUUGCCUACCACGAGCAGAGGCUCAAAUUGGCCAAAGAGUUUGGGGACAAGGCAGCACAGAGGAGGGCAAACAGCAACCUUGGUAACGCCCACAUUUUCCUGGGGGAGUUUGGUGUUGCAGCUGAGCAUUACACGAAGACUUACCAGUUGGCCAAAGAACUUGGAGAUCGGGCAGUUGAGGCCCAGGCCUGCUAUAGCUUGGGAAACACAUACACCCUAUUACGUGACUUUGAGCGAGCCAUAGAAUUUCAUUUGAAGCACCUUCAGAUUGCUGAAGAACUCAGGGACAGAGUUGGUGAAGGACGUGCAUAUUGGAGUUUGUGCAAUGCACAUUGUUCUCUGGGUGACCACAAAGAGGCUCUCCACUAUGCCACCCGGCACCUGCAUGUUUCCCAGGAGCUCGGCGACAAAGUAGGCCAAGCAACAGCACAGAUGAGCAUUGCAGACUUGAAGCAAGUUCUUGAAGGUGAUGCGAGUGAAGCUAAAAAAGGUGCCAUGGAUGAUAUGAGUGCACCACAAGCUGCUUCUAAUGCCAAGCAUACGAAACCAGCAAAGCAAGAAGUACCCUCUGACGCUCAAAAGCAGCAGCGGUCAGGAAGUGACAUGGAUCAGGAUGCCUUCUUUGAGCUGCUAAGCGAGUUCCAGAGCAAGCGUAUGGAUGAUCAGCGCUGUUCUAUCACACCGCUGGAGAAUAAGGAGAAUGUAUUGCCCAAUGGAUCACCUCCAUAUCCCAGCCCAACAAGUUCAGGCCCAGAGGACAGUGCUAGUGUUCGGGAGGAACUGCUUGACCUCAUAGUGGGCAUGCAGAGCCGCCGCAUGGAUGAGCAGCGCACCAGCCUUCCACAGCUGCCAGGUCUGCGCCGCAACAACCACAACAACAAUAGCCUGCAUCACCAUCACCGCAUGUCUGUUGGAUCGGUGCUUGAGGAUGACUUCUUUGACAUGAUCGUGCGGUGCCAGGGCAGCCGGCUGGAGGACCAGCGCAGCAGCAUGCCCACUCUGCAGCGUGCCCCAAGCGCUCCUGUGGUGCCCAGCUCACGAUCCGCACCAACGGUGCCUGAUGAGGACUUUUUCUCGCUCAUCCUGCGCGUGCAGGCAGGCCGCAUAGAGGACCAGCGCACCUCCUUCCGGCCCCCCGAUGCCGCCCCAACCACUUCGUCUGCCCCCGUCCGGGCCAGCCUCAAGGGCAGUCUCAAAUCGGCCCUGCGGGGAAGCCGCCACUCCAAGUCCAAGCAGUAAAGGCAGAAUAUGUUGUUGGCCAGAGGGUCUUGCUCACAAGAGGCACGGUUUGCGUGCACGUGGAGUAGCCACAUGGUUCUCGCUUUCCUGUGUAGGUGAAAGCUUGAGACCUCUGAUGAAUUCCUGACAGAUUAAUGCUUUCUUAAUCGUGUCCACAUAAAUGUAAACCAACAGAAGGCAGUUGUGGUCAAAUGACCUGGCAGGAAGAAAUCGUUAGUGUUGGUGCCACCAAAGACUGUUAGGUUUAGUUUGAGACUCAGUUUCAACUGUUCAUAAAUUUAACUCAUUACAUUGUAUUGCAUCUGGUGCAUAGCAUGCGAAAUUUAUUGAUGACGUAUAGCAGUGCAGCAGUGGUUAUAGUUAUAACUUUCAAAUGUUUCACGACACUGUUUCACAAUGUUAACGCAGCUUUUUAUUUAUUUAUUCAGCUUUGGAAUGGCCACUAUGCUUGCUGCCAUUUUUGGUUGUGUGCAGUGGUAAUCCAGCAGUGCCAUUUGGCACAUUUUGACGAAUUUGUGUUUGUGUACAUGAGUUUGGAUGCUCUAAGGGACAUCAGUUAAAAUAAAUUCUAUGGCAGUACAAGAAUUAAAAGACCCCCCCUUCCACUCAUUGAAUUAUGAGAUCGGCAGCACUUGUACAUAUGCAGUCUCUGUGUAGAAGCAACCUUGGUUGGCAUGCUGUUAAAACAUGAUUUGAAUUAGACAAUUUUUUGUGUCAAUGCAGAGUUUGGGCUGCCUGCCUGUUUUGAUUAGAUGGAUAAAUUUGUAACUGAAAAAUGCAGACACAGUAGUCAAUGUCAACCCAAAGGGACAGCUUACCUGCUGUAAUGUAAUGCUGGUAAUGUAAUGCUGGCUUGCAGUCUGGCUGGUGUUGCACAAAGGGAAAUGCUGUCAUCUUCGUGAAAAAAAGUGCAGUCUUAUCUUCGUGUGGCAGCCAGAAUGAAAAAAACAUGCAGCACUUUCGUAGCAAUUAGUGGGGAAAUAUGGCUCCAUUUUGCAAAGUCUGGGCAUAGAUUUAUAGCAAUGGACUGGCCUCUUAUUUAUAUUCCAAAGACACUUCUUUAAAAAAAAGUUUAGACAUCAGUCAUGAAUUUUGAGCAUGACUAUUCAGCCAUACUUAGAACAUACUUUGACACUGUUAGCGGAUGCAUGUGUACUUUGUGUUCCUAGGUUAUGUCUCGUAAUGCUUGUGAAUAAUGUACAAGUUGGAUAGAAUUUUCAGCUCUUUUGAUGCCGAUUCUUCAUCAGUUUUUUAUCAUUUAAGCGAUGAAAAUAGCACUGACAGCUGCUUUAGUCACCGUGAUGCUGUUGUCGGCUGAAGAACUGCUUUAGUAUGUGGACAUCUGAUACAAAAUCUGUCGAACUUGGGACUGCUUCAACCACCACUGAUGCUAUGUCCUGAGCAGCAUGCUGUGUGCUUUUGUCAGUCAACCGAUCCACUGCAGUUAAAACAAAAGUUGAAAUAGCUUCAAGUUUUUUUGACGCCACUGCUCUAUUUCACAAUAUAAAAUAGGAUAAGCAAGACGCAAAACUCCACCAGCAGGCAUCGCCACACAACUUUAACACCACUCCUACAACGGUAAUGCUCAUGCUCAAACCAUGUGCAAAGCAAGGAAUGUGUUCGAACGUGUUACUUUCCUGCAAUCACUCUCAUUGUUUGUGUGCCCUGGCGAGCUUUUCUUUUUCUUUUUUAAAGCUUACGAUCUUUAUUUUAGUGUGAUGUUUGAGUUGUGUGUAGAAACCAGUUUGUGAACUUUGCAUAUCAUCCACUGGGCAGUAUACGAUGAGCGUUAAGCUACCUGCUGGUAGUAAUUGUAGUAUCACCAGCUUGCAUCCAUAGUGCCAGUUAGAGCCAUGUCAAGCUUGAGCAGUGACCAUCGGCAUCACGCGUUGACACCGUGACAGUAUGGAUUAUGGUUGCAAGUGCUUUUGCAGAGUGUUGUAUUUAUUAUUAUUUUUUAACAUAGAAAUGGUGCACAUUAAUAAUGCGUCAGAUAUCAUGUGUUUGUAUCCAUCGAUUCUCCAUGUCUGGGUGAAAUGGUAUGAUGCUUUUUUUUGGUAUUUAUUUUAAAGUUGGGCAAAAUGUGUUUUAGGUGGCUUUUUUUUUUUUCGCUAAUAGUAAUUGUAGUGCAAGUUUAUUUACAUAAGCAAUGGCCUAGCUAUUGUAGUAAGCUUUUAGCUGUAAGAAGCACCUAAAUUAUUCUGAUUUGUCCAUGACUGUUGGUUUUUUAAACCCAACGUAUUAGCUUUCAAAUUGAUUAUCAAAGUACUGCAUAAAAAUAAAUGUUCGGAGUGCUAUAUUUAGUUCCCAGUGCUAUAUUUACUGCUAUGAUAGUGAUAUACUGAUAUGAUGUUACAGGUGUCAUUUAACAAACCAUGUGAUCCCAACUGUUCUGGCCAAUGACAAGUAGCCAUUUUGAUUUAUUGUAGCUCCACAUUUCACUACGCAUCAACUUUUGCUGCUGAUUUGCUACAGCUACAUGGUGUGGUUAAAUAUAAUGCAUUUAUUUGUGUUGUGAUGUCUUUUUGAUAAUGUGUGAUUACAAUUGCCACAAACUGCACUUAAUCAAGGUUACUAUUAGUGUACUGACUCGACUCUUGAGCAACAUUUCUGUGUGUUCUGCUAAAUUUCAUGUACAACCUUUGUCACAGGUGUGCAGGCCACAGUGCAUGCAGUGGGGUGCCUGUGGUGCUUUUGAGGUCUAGAGAGUAAGAAGGGUAGUUCAUAACUCUAGAGCUUCAAGGUGCUGUGGAUGCUACAAGAGCCCCACUAGGUGGCAAAAAGCUACUCGAGCCAUGUGCUUUGUGGCCUGUUUGCUUUUGACAGAGAUUGCGGCUUAAGUAGCAAAUGGCAACGUAAAUGUUUAGCUUGAACUUUCUGACUGUGCGCAAUGCUUGUAGUCCCUCUUGAUUUUAAACUUGUUGCGCAUAUGGCAGUGUAGGAAUAUGUUGGGUAGUUUGCUAAGGGCUGCAGAAACUUGACCAAUGGAGCUGACCAAAGCUUGUUUCAAGUAAAUGCACUUUUUUCAAACAUCCUCUCUAUUGCACAGAAAAUCAGUGAGACCAAUGCCACAGCCUAGUAGCACAGUUAUCAGAUUGCUAUGAAGCAUUGACAGUAGAUAUUUGCGACAUUGCUAGAGGUGUAUGGCAUCUUGUGACUGAUGGUCAGGAAUUCCCCCUACAUGUGUAAUGCUGGUGUGCUAGUUAUGGUGUGACCUUGUGUGUAGUAUCUUGCACAAGAAUGAAACUUAAUUCAGCACCAACAAUCCUAUAGGUAGUAAAUUUCCUGUGGAGAUGAGAUCUAAUUUUCAUGUUACUCUGUCUAAAUAGUGCCAGUACACCAAGCUGCCUGGCAUUACAGAGCUUAACAGUGCGGCUGAACAGGCAGUGCAUAAGCCUUCAAAUACUUGCUUAUUUGGGGCCAAAGCAUUUGGUAGAUAGUUUCUGGUUAAGAGUAAGGCUGUUUCUACGUGUAUUUGCAUUGUUUCACAGGUGCAAGUGCACAGUGCGUAGUGUGGAACAAGGGGCUGUACCAUGCAACCAGCAGGUACUGCUUCACUUGAUUGCUUUUUUCCUUAAAAGCUUGUUUCUAUUUGAGACAGAUCUGGCCCAUGUUGAAUUUAGCUUCACAUCCAUCGUGUUGUUGCUAGGGGAGCAGACUUGUCUGACACUAUUUUCUUUCCAUGGGAUUUGUGUUCAACAUGUCCUUGUCUUUUUAGACAGCAUGCCAAAGCAGCAGGGCAGCAUGUCUUUUCUCUUGAGCUGAGGCAUUGAUUUUUUGGUCUGAAAUUAGCAGAAUUGCAACAUAAGGGGAGGGGAGUACGACUCCUGGUGAGGUGCCAAAUGCCAACAGUGGUGUUAGAGCCAUAAACACCUGCCUAAAUUUACCCGUGAGCUCUUGUUGGAAAUUUAACCACAGUUUAACCUGUAUGAGAAAAACCUGCCUAGAAUGUUGUGACAAUGCCUCUAGACCCCCUUUUCAUUUACUUUGCUUAUAAUCUUACUACUAUAUGACUUGUAAAGCAUACAUAAUAGCUUCUGUUAGUUUUAUACUGUAUCAGGAUUUUUUUUUUUAUUGUCAUUUGGGAAAUGAUGUUGAAAUUUUUGUUUACUUGUAAGACAAACUUGCAGGGUGUAAAUGCUAGAAGUUGCCCUCAUUAUGCACAACUUUCUACAUAAAAAAAAUGUUCCUCUCUUUUCUUUCUGAAAUCAUUUCUGCAUUUGGUGGUUGAUUAAUAAUGUCAAGUCUCUUAUGAUUGGUCCUGCUGCUACCAAACCAUGGGGCAAGUCAAUGCUUCAUACAAUGGCGUAACAACGAAAGUGCCAUCGUAGCACAUCUGCGGUGGUGUUGUAGAGAAGGGCAUGUUCUCCUAUUUCCAAUAAUACUGAAACUGUCAGCAUCCUCUUGAAGCUUAAAUACCAAAGUUGGGAAGACAAAGGAACAAAAAUAAUUAUCUAGUAGGCAAGUGUGCACCUUUCUAACUGAAUCUGAGACUUUUUGCUAAAGGUGUAGGAGUUCCAGGGGAUGUUUAUGGAUUAAUAGGCAGCCAAAAGACGUUUUUCUGAACCUUUGUUCCAUCAGGUGAGAGAGCAAUCAGUGUACAUAUUGUCUACACAGUAGUGUUGCCGUUUGAAAAAGUAAAGCAGAAAAAGUAUGGGAAAAAAAGUGAAUAAAAAAAAAAGCUUAGUUUCGUUUUUCAGCCAAAGUAAUGGUAGAAAGGCUAUUGGAGCCCAAUUGUGGAGUGAAGUCUUCCUUGCACUCAUGCCAAAGCACCUGUGUCAGCACAUUUUUAUUAGUAUGAGCAGUUGUGAAAAGCUAAUGGCAUUGAGUCUCUUAGUGACAGACAAGCAUUAUGUGACUAAGUCUGCAUUAAAUGCAAGAAAAACAAACAGGAAAAGGUAAAUAAAGGAAGUCUUUGUUUAAGGAAUGUGUCAGCUCCAGUGCUUUCAAGGGUUACUGAAAUUGAAGAAAUGUGUGGAAUCAUGCUUGGAAUAACUGACUUGCCAUUGCUAUACAUAUUAAAACCACCGAUUCAUUUGCCAUCACCUUUCUGAAGUCGACUUUAUCUCUUAUAAUUUUUUGCUUUUCUUGAAUAUAGAUUUGAAGAUUUGUGUCAAUGCUACUUGUUGGUUUGGCACUGUUUUAACGAUUCAGUAUGACUAGUUUCAGAGCCGUUGACAAAGCUAGCAACAUUUAAAAAAAUAAAGGCCAUAUUUUCUUGUCAAAUAAUGUAGCAAUACAGCUUUUCCAGCAACCCGCAGCUUAUUUUAGUGGCUGACUUUUCUUCAUAUAGAUGUUUUUUUUUUCCUCCAAAGAGUGAUUUGCUUCGCUGUGUUUGGGUUCAUAUUGAUACUGGACCAUGCUGUUUUUUCCUUGAUAAUGCCCUGACACCCAUGUAGCAGGUUUUGCUGCACAACCAUGACUGUUGUGCAGGUGUGUUAAUGUUGGCAUUUGUGCUUUGUGAACAUUGAAACCAAAAUUAAAGCCCUCAGCUACUGCAUGGAACCAGCAAGAGAGAUGUGCUUGGCAGCUUGUGGGAUAGAGACAGCAUUGUGCUGGUGAAGUGCAGGCCUCCAGUAGAGUGUCUGGCUUGUAGUUCUGAGCCCUAGGGCAGGAUCGCCUGCCUUAUCAAGUCUUUGAGGCAGCCUUGCCAGGCAUGCUUCAGCAGGUACCUGAACUGCUUGUCUUUUAAGGUUUGUAAAGCGUCCCUGUGAGAAGGCGUUUUCGUCUGGCACAUUCCUGUCGUCUCUUGGUGAUGUAAGAUGCCUGCUGCAUGAUAAAGUGCACACAUGCCAGCCAUCUGUGUUUUCCGCGAGUUAAGACCUCAAAGGUGUGGCUAUCUGUCCUUCAGUGUACCUAAACGUCUUCUUGUGGAAACUGUUAUGAAUGUGGAAGGUCAGGGUGGGUGUUGUCAAAUUUGCAUUUAUGAAGCGCACACACAACACACAUGUGCGCAUAAAGCUUGCAGUCCUGAAUGAAGUAAACAUUACUGGAAAACUGUGCACACCUCUAAGUCACUGCAAACAAGUAUGUAUUCAAGGAUAAUUCUGCUGCUAGGAAGUGACCAACACCACAGCAAUGAGUAUACAAAGUCUAGAUAGUUGUGAAGAUCAAACCAAAGCUGUGCUUGAAAUAGCAAGCUUCCAUUCACUUUGAGUGUGUGAGUGUUUUGUUGAAAGCUUCAGUGUCAUUAGAUGGGUAUGAAGUUCAUAAACCUAAUGCAUGCAUUUUUUAUGACUGAUUACACCAUGCUUCGGAAACGUGAAGCAUGUCAAUAGAUUUUUUGGUGCGCUGGCAAUCUUUAUCCCGUGUACAGUCAAAGGGAAAACGAAAAUUGAGUGGAAGAGUUUAUGAUGGUGCUACAAAAUCUGAAGAUUAUGCUCGAGAUGGGUAAUGCAUCAAUUUGGUUCAUUUGAACUUGCUGUAUGACACACUGUUUUUCAUAGAAUAUAGCAAUGCCAUUAAUGAGCAAAGUUGAAUGAAGUUUUUUUACUUGUUUUAUGUUUUAUUUACCCAUGGCUGCAUGGCUACCAGAUGUUGCUAUUUCAUUUCUUCACAGUACAGGGUAAAUUAUGUUUAGUGAGAUUAACCAGAACAUUAUUCCAAAAUAUUUAAACCUUUUGGGGCUUUGUUUUAUUGCUUACUCAGUUGCAUGUUUCUUGAAUGCACCAGGAGUUAUUGUCUUGGUGCAAGUUUCUGACACAAUUUUCUUUUGAGUAGGCAACGUGCAACCAGAGUAUAACAUUGUAUUAAGGUUCCAUUUGCAUAUUUUCUAUUUCCCAUCAUUGGCUUGAGCACUGCAAUUACUUUCUGAUCAGCUACUGUGUUUAAGGUAUUACUGGAAGCAGUAAAAGCAAACAAAAAAAAAAAUGCUGUAUUAUGCCAGCAGAACUCUGAUCCUCUAUUUGUAAGACAAAACGAAUGCUGUGGAAGAUAGUAGCCUUUUCAGGCAAUAUUGGUAACCUCGGUUAAAAAUAAAUCUUAAGCAAGUGGGGGUGCCAGCUCCAGCUGCGUCAGAUGGUUCAACUUGAAAUGCAUUUAAUUAUACUUGUGAAACGGUUUGUCAUUAUGUUACAUUAAAAGACAACCAGCAAGAUAAUAUAUUGUUUACCAUGGAGACUAGUGCUCUUUAAAGCUGAAGGAAGUUUUGAGAUCAAAUAAAGCCCAAGUUUCCUAAACUAUUGGCAGCAGAAAAUCUUGUUGCAACUAGAGUGACAAUCUCACAGUUCCAAGCAGCUUCCUUACAUAGUAUGUGGUCAGCUGGGCACUUGGGGAGGUAUUCUGUAAGAGUCCACCUAGUGGACAUGUCCAUUUUGUCUGCUGCUGAAGUGCUGAUUGGCUGUGGUGCCUGGCUACUGCUGAAGCGCUCCCCAGCCCAGCCAAUCAGAACUUCAACAGCAGAUGGAAUGGUCAUGUCCGCUAGGUGGACUCUUACAGAAUACCUACCCAGUUGUAUCUGAGUGCUUCUUCGUUUUUGUUAACACGGUAUGCAUGACUAUUCUACAACCACUUGGGUGCUUAACAUGCUUUACAUGCUAGGAAAUUUUUGAAGGCAUAUAUGAGUUUGUUUUACGAAAAAACAAAGAAGGAAAACAUUUAGCGAGUUUAAAGAACAGCAUGUGGUGUUGUGAGGGUAACUGGGGACUGAACAGGUUUUGCAGCUAUGGCCAAGAGUCAGUGCAAGUUUUCUUCAGCCUAAUGGAGGCUGUGCAUCAGACCAAUGUGUUGUUACACCAAGGCACUCUGUGUUGGCCAGUGUGCAUCCUUGCGUGUGUUGGUGUGUGUGUGUUCGUGUGUAUAUAAUAUAUAUCUAAAUAUAUGCGCGUGUACGCAUCAUCCUGGGAGGCAUUCAUGUCCUAAUGUCCCUGUGUGUUGUCAUAGCCCUGAAUUGUGUUUACUUAAAAAAAUCGCUUAGUGUCCAUCUCUUACAGGCGUCUCGUAUAUACAUUAUAAAUAUAUAAAAAUAUAACCCAGCCACAUAUAGGAGCUCAGUAAAAUUGUUCAUGCUUCAUAUAAAGUAUAUUUUUUAGAAGAAAAAGCAAGCCAAAAUGUUACUAGUGGUCAUCUUUUUAUGCAGCCAAACUAGUGCAGACUGCAUCCAUUUAGCAUUUACUGCUUGUUACGCAAUCGUUGCAUGAAGUGAACAGUUCAUGUUAGAACAAAUGUUAUUUCUUCCAUGUUCAAUAUAGCACCUACCAGUGAACAAGAUGGGCUGGUUUCUUUUUUUUUUUCCUCCCAUUUUUCUUUGGAUUGGAAAGGAGUAAUUGUUGUAACGUGUUGGUUGUUCACUAUGUGUAAUCGUGUUGAGAAAGCCUGCUAUGCUGAAUGAAACUGUUGGUUCAUCCGCAAGCAAAUGUCAUUUUCAAGAACUCCAACCUGCUGCAUUGUGUGAAUUUUCAUCAAGGAAAAUGCAUUUGUCAGGUGUCCAUGUGUGCAAAUGUUUGCACCAUAGCUGUUGUUGCAACCGUCAGCAGUUCCCAGUGAUAACAUGAAACAAUAUUGUCUACUUGGAAACUGUCAGUAAACUGUAGACACUAUGUUGUCAGCUGGUGAGGGAGCUGCCAUUAUCCCAAACUGAAAUUCUUCCAAGCUACUACAGUGUGAACAAUGUGAGUACCUGUAUUCAACUGCCUUCAUUAUUUCUAGUGUUAACUAGGCAUUGCAACAGUACUUCAGAAAUGAACUGUAAGCUGCCCGUACACAUAUGGAAAUAAACUAUAUAAAAGUA